AUGAGCGAGUCAGAUGAAGCAGCUGCUGCUAAACGCACUGCCCGAGCAGAGGCUCAGCGCCGCCGGCGCCAAGAUCCUGCAGUGCGUGCCGCCGAAGCUGAAGCUAAACGGCGCCGUCGACAAGACCCGGAAGUGCGCGACGCCGAGGCAGAGGCUCAUCGCCGCCGCCGAGAGCAGCCAGGAGACCCGGAAGUGCGCGACGCCGAAGCAGAGGCUCAUCGCCGCCGCCGACAGCAGCCAGAAGUGAGCGCUGCUGAAGCUGAACCUAAGCGCCGCCGUCGAGAGGACCCGGAAGUGCGCGACGCCGAGGCAGAGGCUCAUCGCCGCCGCCGAGAGCAGCCAGGAGUGAGCGCCGCCGAAGCCGAAGCCAAGCAAAAGGCAAGGAUCGCUAAGCCUGACGGUGUAACAAAAAUUUUCCAACGGCUAUUUAGAGACAACCACCCGUUUGGGAGCGUAUGUUCAGUCUGUGAUCGGCUCUGGUUCCAAAACGACUUGCAACCGCUACCGGACAGAUGUCACGAGACCCUAGAGCAAUCAUUUCCAAACUCGGACCUAACCCAAUUCAAACUGUGCUCGACCUGCAUACAAUCAGUGCGCAAGGGUCAUAUUCCUCAUCUUUCCUCAAGUAACGGUUAUGUAUAUCCCCCAAAGCCAGCCAACCUCCCACAAUUGAACGCGGUGAGUGAGAGACUCAUAUCUCCACAAAUUCCUUUCAUGCAACUGCGACGGCUGAUGCACGGUGGAGGUCAACACGGCAUUAAGGGACCAGUAGUGAACGUCUGUGUUGAUGUGGACGACAUGGUGACAAUGUUGCCUCGUGCCAUCGAACAAGACCGAGCCCUCAAUGUACGUUUGAAGCGGCGUAUGCUUGCGAAGACGACGUACCUGGCAGGGGCAGUAAGAAAAUGUGAUCUGCUGCCGUGGCUUAAGCUGCUGUGCACUAUAAUAUACAAGCAUUAUAAUAUAAAGUGCGAUUUUGCCCGUUUGGGGGAUAUCGUAGAAGUGGACGAACACGACGAGAUCGAGUUGCUCCCGCAAUGCUCAGACCUCAACGAUCCGAUCCAAGUGGCUACAGCCAUGACUCUGGCUCAGCACACUCUCGUAUGGGACGAAGACAAGUUUCUAGCGAUUGCGCCAGGUGAGGGAAAAAGGCCCGUGAGCAUCCUUUACGACGAACACGCAGAGGAGCUCUCUUUCCCACAGAUCUAUCUCGGUGAGCCGCGCCGAGAAGAUGCCAGCGCGAAACCUACAGUCUUCACGCACGCCAUGAGUGAGAUCCGCAGGUCAGACCGUCGAGGGGCCACCCCGCAGCACGUACUGUACACGGCCAUGAAAGUGUUUAGGCACCGAGUAGCCGGCGACAUGUGUGUGGCCUUCCGUAACAUAAAGGCACUGGAAGCACUAACGAUGCAACAGUUUCUCGACAAGGAUUUUGUGCAGCAAGCGGUCGAGCACAACAUGGCUUUCAUGCAUGGUAUACCCAACACCGUGCAGUACUGGACAAAACGCAAGAAAGACCUCUUUGCUAUGAUACGGCAGUUGGGUAAGCCGAUCGCGUUCCUCACUCUUUCUGCCUCGGAAAUGCACUGGCCCGACCUUUUGCAGUUGCUUCAACGCCUUCGGUUGAAGCCCGGCGAGAUCGAAGUACCACUGGAGCAAAUGAACAGCAUUUAUCGAGCUCAGCUAGUAAAUGACGAUCCCGUGGUCUGUGCCAUAUAUUUCGACCGAUUGGUGCGUGUCAUUCUCAACAUUCUCCGCAACACCCGUGUAUCGCCUUUUAGGCCGUACAUAGUCGUCGACUACUUUAAGCAGAUCGAAUUUCAGCACCGCGGGUCGGCACACGCGCACAUUCUCCUUUGGCUUCAUAACGCGCCCAACGAGGAGCUCUCGAUGCUCAUGCCCCAGACUCUUGAAAUAGCCAGCGUUCUUCUUUCCAUCGACAACGGAUGCUUGAAGCGCGAGCGGACUCAGGUGCACCAACACACGCAUACCUGCUACAAGCACAACACCACCAGAUGCCGCUUUAACGCGCCUUUUAUGCCCAUCGAUGAAUGUAUGGUCGUAGUGCCUUUCCCCACUGUGGACAAUGAAGCGCAGAAGAAGAAAAUCGAGAACCUCCUCAACAAGUACGAGGCCAUGAAUCAGGCCCUGGAAACGACAAAUUAUGACUCCAUGGAGCAGUUUUGGGAACAUCACGGUGUCGCGGACAAGGCGGAGUACAUUUCUGUUCUCCGAGCAGGCACUCCUCGUGCCACCAUCAUGCUACCCCGUACUGUGCAGCAAAAGUGGGUGAAUUACUUUAACCCAUGGGUUGCAUCAAUUCUCGAUUCUAACAUGGAUCUUCAGAUCGUCCUCGACACGUACGCGUGUGCUGCCUACGUGGUGGAAUAUGUAAACAAGGCCAACCGAGGUAUGUCGAACCUCAAUCGAGCAGUGCAAGAAAUUGUCAAGGAGAAGGGGGAUAUGGCCUAUUCUCAGGCACUGAGACAUCUAGGUGCGAAAAUGUUGAAUGCCAUUGAACUGUCCGCACAGGAGGCCGCAUGGUGUUUGCUCAACCAGGAUAUGUCGGAGACGAGUCGCAAAGUUGUCUUCGUGAACUCUGCAUGGCCCGAGGAGAGGACGCGCAUUCGGAAGUCUAACGCUCAGAUGGCUCAGGAAGGCUUAGUAGAAUCAAGCACUGAUGUAGGGAAACGGACGAUGAUCGAGCGCUACGAAGACCGCAUUCCCGAAUCGGGACCUGUUACUCUAGCAGAGUUCGCUACCGAGUACAACAUAUAUACCUACAGAAAGAGGAAUCAGCGACGGAUACUUCGCUACCGCGGUUACUCCGUAGACGAUUCAGUCAACUUCAAGCGAGAACAUGUCCUGCUUUUCUGUCCAUUCCGCAAAGAAGUUGACAUCUUAGACCAAAACUGUUUCGAGCGUCUGUAUGAGCAAAACAUCGACGUCAUUCUACAGAACAAGGCACGGUACCACAGUGACGUAGACGUUGAGCAAAUUAUUGACGUUUGUAAUUCCAUGCUCCAGUCAAAUGAUGGGGAACAUUGUGCCACUUCUGAGCUCCCAGAUGUGAGACUGCACCCAAUGGCCAUGGAAAACGACGACUCCGAUCUCCCAGACAUCGGUAUGGUCCAAUCCAAUGCCCCGUUUAAGCAGUGCCCCGCCGUGUGCACGCGCCAAGACGUCAUGAGCAGAGAUCAGUACCUGGACACAAUGCGGAAGACGAAUGAGGAGCAGUACGAGAUCGUCCGAGAAGUCGUGCAUAGACUCACUAUACCGGACUCUCCGCCACUACAAAUCUUCUUCACGGGAGUAGCUGGAUGUGGGAAGACAUUUGUGCUGCGUCUCAUCAUGGACGUCUACAACAGAUAUUGCAACCCUGCUGGUUCAGAUAAUGUAAACGCCUAUGUUGCCUGUGCUACAACUGGAAAAGCGGCGGUCGCGCUUGGUGGAAUAACUGUACAUGCAGCGUUCAGACUUACCAUCAAUAGGGAUGGCGGACUGCGGGACAACGAGUUGAACACGUUCCGCUAUGCGUUCAGGAACGUCAGGUGCGUGAUUAUUGAUGAGGUUAGCAUGAUGUCCGCCGACAUCCUUCAGAAAGUGGACUCGCGACUCCGCAUCAUCACUUGCAAAUACCUAGAGCCUUUCGGCGGGUUAGACAUCAUCCUCUGCGGAGACCUGCGCCAGCUUCCCCCCGUCGUAAGGCAAAGCGAUCUCAGGUUUUCUACCAUACUUACCAAAAUUGGAGACGGUGCAGAAUUGGAUUCCGAAGAAAUCGCAUUGAUCCAGAGUCGGUUCGUCACGCAACAACAAGCAGAAACGUGUUGUCCCGGUGGCAUCCGCUUGUACUACUCCAACAAGGAAUCGGACUACUACAAUACGAACACGGCCAUUGCAACCGAAGAUAAUUGUGUGGCAUGA